AUGAUGACAGAGAUCACGUACGCUGAAGUGAGAUUCAAAAAUGAACCCCAGCCCAUGGUCAUCCCAUCACAGGCUCCUACAGCUUCCAAAGAGAAGACUAGCCCUCCCCAAAGUAACUCUGUCAAACUACUUCUUGCUGCAUUGCUGAUUCUUCUGCUGCUGACAAUCUCAUUUUUAAUCACCUUUAUCAUUUUUUUCCAAAAAUAUUCUAAACUUGUUCAAGAAGAAAAGUUUACACAAGAACUGACUCACACAAUGUUGGAAUGUAAGAAAGAAAACUCGACCACGAAAGGGAAAUCCUGGAGCUGCUGCCCGAAGAAUUGGAAGCCUUUUUGUUCAAAUUGCUACCUUUUUUCUUCUGAGAAAAAAAACUGGACUGACAGUGAGAAGCACUGUGCAGGGAUGCAGGCGCAUCUGGUGGUGGUCGACAGCAAGGAGGAGCAGGACUUUAUUAACAAGAAUGUGAACAGGAAUUAUGCUUAUUAUUUGGGGCUGUCAGAUCUGAAGAAUGGUCACUGGGAAUGGGUUAAUGAGACACCACUCAAUCAAAACGUCACGUUCUGGCACCCAGGUGAACCCAAUAAUGACUAUGAACACUGUGUUAUAUUAAAUUUGCGUUUCCUAAGGGUCUGGGGCUGGAAUGAUAUCUCUUGUAAUGUGCCUCAGCUUUCAAUUUGUGAGAUGUUGAAGAUCUACUUAUGA